GAUGGAUUUGGGAUGUGGUGAUGAGGGUGGUGGACCUUGUGGAGCCUGCAAGUUUUUGAGGAGAAAGUGUGUGAAAGGUUGUUGCAUAUUUGCACCAUAUUUUGAGUCAUCAGGUCAAGGAAGUGCUCAUUUUGCUGCAGUUCAUAAGGUUUUUGGUGCUAGCAAUGCUGCUAAACUACUCACACGUAUUCCAGUUCAUAAGCGUCUUGAUGCUGUUGUUACUCUUUGCUAUGAGGCUCUUGCUAGGGCUACUGACCCUGUUUAUGGUUGUGUUGCUCACCUCUUUGCUCUUCAACAACAGGUUGUGGAGUUGCAAGCAGAGUUAGCCUAUGUACAAGCCCGUCUUUCAAUAUUGAAUCGAAUCUCUGAAGAUCCUCAAUUUCAACAGCCUCAAAGCUCUUCAAUAUCACCAACUUUGCAAUCAUCCUUACUUCAUCAUUUCUCAUCAAACAAUGAAACUUCUUACAUGUCCAUGCACUUUGGUCAUCCUCUUCAAAAUCAAUAUCAUCCAACACCUUUUGAAAAUCCAUCAUACUAUUCUUAUAAUCAACAACUUCAUGACCAGGAAUUCCAAGCUUUGCCUAGAGAAUUUUAG